AUGGCGCCCAAAAUCUGCAACUUGGGAGUGGACCUGGCCAACCGCGUCAGUGCACGCAUGAAGCAGCUCGGGCACGGCCCCAAAGCCAUCCGGCAGAUCCUUCUUCCUGUGACGGGCAAGAAGGCCAUGAAGAAGGAUACCGCGUUCGUGCACGUGUCGCCAAUUGAAGAGGAGCUCAUGAAGCACCUUCAUUCCGAUGGCCUUGGCGUCAAGAAGGUUGCAGCAGCGGUGGGCCGCUCCACUGACACAGUGUCCAAGCACCUCUUCCGUAAGAACAAGACGAAGUCCGGGCGGGUGGGGCCCAAAGUCAUCAUUACGGAGAACAAGUACAAGCAGAUGGAGAAGGCGUACCAGAAGCUGCUGCGUCAGGCCAAGGGCAAAGAGGUCACUGUCGCAGUGCUGAAGAAGGAGCUGAAGCUGAAGUGCAGCCUCAAAACCAUCAGCCGGGCAUUUUGGGCACACGGGGUGCACUUCCGGCCGCUGUAUGAGAAGCCGGAUUUGUCCCCAGAGGACCAACUGGCGACCUGGCUGCAAGGACUCGGGGCAGAGGUGAAGAACUUCAAGCACAAAGUUCACCUGCUGACCAUUUCCAGAGUGUGGCCAAGUACUGUAGAAUCCUCGGCAGACUUGCGUGAGAUCGAGACCAUGACUCGUCAAGAGGUGGCGGAUGCUGUACGGCAGGCCUUUGAUGACCCUAUGAUUCCACCAGCCUCUGCCGGGCGUCCUCGGACACGCACCGAACCCAUGGUGAACAAGCUCGUCGUCUUCCAGGAAGCUCAUGCUGACGGAAGCAAGCACUUCCAUGUAGCCGUGCAGUUGGCCCAGCCAAGGACUUGGGCCACUGCCAAGCACACACUGCGAGCCAGGAACCAUUUGGCAUGCCACUUUUCCAGCACACACACCCAGUUCUGGAGUGCGGUUCGGUAUGGCUACAUUGCCACCCUGUCAAAGCCAGAUGUGGACCUUAACCCUGUCUCGUGGUCGCAGAGUUUGGGAUGGGAUGCCCUGGACUUGUUUGCGGAGUCCCAGCGUCCUUGGAAUGCAGAGAUCUGGAAAAGGCGCCGAGAGGGGGCCGAGCGAACGGCAGAAGCUGCUUCGCAGAAGAGGCAGCGCUUCAACAAGCUGGAUCUGACAUCUCUGAUCCUAGCCGAAGGCCUCGAAACCCAGGCUGCCGUGCUGGAAUACGUUCAGAACCAUGGGACUGAACAGGCCCAGCUUUUUGUGCAUCAGCGGCAGCGGUACUUGAAGGACUACCUAGCUGAGGCGCAGGAAUGGGGACUGGCAAGGCAAAAGGCAGCCAACGAUCGCAACUCUGAUUGGGAAAGGCUUUGCGAGUUGGCGGAAUGUCCGUGCCCACAUGGUGAUGCUUGCACCUACGCUCACGCAGCUGCCAACUUCUUUCAGGCCAACUUCUCAACAUUGUCUCGGUCUGAGCUGGCAGUGGCCCUCAGAAACAUCUUGCUAGCUGGUCCCUCCAAGACGACGUCUUCCACAAGCCGCAAGCCCGCGCUGGGGUCUUCCUUCUCCCUCCGGAACAUUCUGAAAGACAAGAAGUUCCUGUUCUGGGAUGACUUCCGCCCAGUGGAAUACGGUCAGAGAACUGUGCCAGUCACCACUUUUCUCAGCCUAUUCCAAGGGCAGCCCUUCGAGGUGCAGGUGUCGCAGUCGUUUAACGAUGGGAAUGUGGAUUUCGAGUGGCACCGUGGUUGUCUCCUCACGGCAAAAGCCCAGGAUCUAUGGAAGCCCUUGCCUGGCGUGGACGAGGAGGACAUCCGGCACAUGAAGAGCAGGGUCCUCAUUUUCAACUGCACAGAGACCAUUGCGCAGUUGAAGGAAACGGUUCCUUGUGAAGUUUGCUUGAGUCGCUGGGUGCGCAGCGGGGCUACAGAGCACGAUGCUGCCGAAGCCCUGAGCAUCCCAACUCUUCCAUGCGCGCCGCCCGGUCAUCAACAUGAGCCUGUCCAAGGUCUGACUGAGCUGGCUUUGCGGGCCAGUUUGCCCAAGCAAAAAGUCCUGCUGUUGGCAGCUGAGGUCUCUGCCCUGGGUGCUCUCAAUGUUGCAGAGCUUACCCCCAGUGACUGGCAAGCCCUGGCAGCCUUCAGCAAACUUCUGCCAUUCGAGCAGCGCCGCUUCCUGUCUGCUUUGCAUGGCAGUAAUGUUUGCUUGCCUCAGAAAGCUAGCAUGUCGUUGCUGCAGCACAUUUCAGCUCUUGCCCUUGCGCGCUACAAACGCUGCAGAUUUGCCUGUGCGCCGUCCAUGGCGCCCAAAAUCUGCAACUUGGGAGUGGACCUGGCCAACCGCGUCAGUGCACGCAUGAAGCAGCUCGGGUACGGCCCCAAAGCCAUCCGGCAGAUCCUUCUUCCUGUGACGGGCAAGAAGGCCAUGAAGAAGGAUACCGCGUUCGUGCACGUGUCGCCAAUUGAAGAGGAGCUCAUGAAGCACCUUCAUUCCGAUGGCCUUGGCGUCAAGAAGGUUGCAGCAGCGGUGGGCCGCUCCACUGACACAGUGUCCAAGCACCUCUUCCGUAAGAACAAGACGAAGUCCGGGCGGGUGGGGCCCAAAGUCAUCAUUACGGAGAACAAGUACAAGCAGAUGGAGAAGGCGUACCAGAAGCUGCUGCGUCAGGCCAAGGGCAAAGAGGUCACUGUCGCAGUGCUGAAGAAGGAGCUGAAGCUGAAGUGCAGCCUCAAAACCAUCAGCCGGGCAUUUUGGGCACACGGGGUGCACUUCCGGCCGCUGUAUGAGAAGCCGGAUUUGUCCCCAGAGGACCAACUGGCGACCUGGCUGCAAGGACUCGGGGCAGAGGUGAAGAACUUCAAGCACAAAGUUCACCUGCUGACCAUUUCCAGAGUGUGGCCAAGUACUGUAGAAUCCUCGGCAGACUUGCGUGAGAUCGAGACCAUGACUCGUCAAGAGGUGGCGGAUGCUGUACGGCAGGCCUUUGAUGACCCUAUGAUUCCACCAGCCUCUGCCGGACGUCCUCGGACACGCACCGAACCCAUGGUGAACAAGCUCGUCGUCUUCCAGGAAGCUCAUGCUGACGGAAGCAAGCACUUCCAUGUAGCCGUGCAGUUGGCCCAGCCAAGGACUUGGGCCACUGCCAAGCACACACUGCGAGCCAGGAACCAUUUGGCAUGCCACUUUUCCACACACACCCAGUUCUGGAGUGCGGUUCGGUAUGGCUACAUUGCCACCCUGUCAAAGCCAGAUGUGGACCUUAACCCUGUCUCGUGGUCGCAGAGUUUGGGAUGGGAUGCCCUGGACUUGUUUGCGGAGUCCCAGCGUCCUUGGAAUGCAGAGAUCUGGAAAAGGCGCCGAGAGGGGGCCGAGCGAACGGCAGAAGCUGCUUCGCAGAAGAGGCAGCGCUUCAACAAGCUGGAUCUGACAUCUCUGAUCCUAGCCGAAGGCCUCGAAACCCAGGCUGCCGUGCUGGAAUACGUUCAGAACCAUGGGACUGAACAGGCCCAGCUUUUUGUGCAUCAGCGGCAGCGGUACUUGAAGGACUACCUAGCUGAGGCGCAGGAAUGGGGACUGGCAAGGCAAAAGGCAGCCAACGAUCGCAACUCUGAUUGGGAAAGGCUUUGCGAGUUGGCGGAAUGUCCGUGCCCACAUGGUGAUGCUUGCACCUACGCUCACGCAGCUGCCAACUUCUUUCAGGCCAACUUCUCAACAUUGUCUCGGUCUGAGCUGGCAGUGGCCCUCAGAAACAUCUUGCUAGCUGGUCCCUCCAAGACGACGUCUUCCACAAGCCGCAAGCCCGCGCUGGGGUCUUCCUUCUCCCUCCGGAACAUUCUGAAAGACAAGAAGUUCCUGUUCUGGGAUGACUUCCGCCCAGUGGAAUACGGUCAGAGAACUGUGCCAGUCACCACUUUUCUCAGCCUAUUCCAAGGGCAGCCCUUCGAGGUGCAGGUGUCGCAGUCGUUUAACGAUGGGAAUGUGGAUUUCGAGUGGCACCGUGGUUGUCUCCUCACGGCAAAAGCCCAGGAUCUAUGGAAGCCCUUGCCUGGCGUGGACGAGGAGGACAUCCGGCACAUGAAGAGCAGGGUCCUCAUUUUCAACUGCACAGAGACCAUUGCGCAGUUGAAGGAAACGGUUCCUUGUGAAGUUUGCCUGAGUCGCUGGGUGCGCAGCGGGGCUACAGAGCACGAUGCUGCCGAAGCCCUGAGCAUCCCAACUCUUCCAUGCGCGCCGCCCGGUCAUCAACAUGAGCCUGUCCAAGGUCUGACUGAGCUGGCUUUGCGGGCCAGUUUGCCCAAGCAAAAAGUCCUGCUGUUGGCAGCUGAGGUCUCUGCCCUGGGUGCUCUCAAUGUUGCAGAGCUUACCCCCAGUGACUGGCAAGCCCUGGCAGCCUUCAGCAAACUUCUGCCAUUCGAGCAGCGCCGCUUCCUGUCUGCUUUGUAG